UGUUGCAGAUUCUAUGUUCAGAAAGAAUAAAAGCUUCAGUUAAAUAUUAAUAUACUAAAAAUGAAUCAUGAAAAAUAAUCAUUGAAUCAACAAAGAUUUAAUAAAUAAAACACUAUGAAAUUGGUAAAACCUAAUUGGGUUACACAUGAUGGAUAUUCAAUAUUUUCUGUGGAUAUACAUCCAGAUGGAAAAAGGUUUGCUACUGGUGGUCAAGGGGGAGAUUCUGGAAGAGUUGUUAUAUGGAAUAUGGAACCAGUGGUUAAUGAAAUUUCAGAGUUAGAUGAAAAUAUUCCAAAAAUGUUGUGUCAAUUAGAUAAUCAUCUUGCUUGUGUCAAUUGUGUGAGAUGGAGUAACAAUGGAUUAUUAGCAUCAGGUGGUGUAGAUAAAUUAAUUAUGAUUUGGAGAUUAUCAGGGGGAUCAGGUGGAAGUUCAAUAUUUGGUGGAAAAUCCAGUGUUGAAACAUGGCGUUGUAUAGCUACAUUGCGCUCACAUGAAGCUGAUGUACUUGAUCUUGCAUGGGCACCGCACAGUCCCUGGUUAGCUUCUGCAUCAGUGGAUAACAGUGUAAUUGUAUGGGAUGCAUCAAAAUUUCCAGCUAUUGUAGCUGUAUUAAAAGGUCAUACAGGUUUUGUAAAAGGAAUUACGUGGGAUCCAGUUGGAAAAUAUUUAGCCUCUCAAUCUGAUGAUAAAACAUUAAGAGUAUGGCGUACAACAGAUUGGACAGAAGCAGCAUUAAUAUCAGAACCAUUUGAUGAAUGUGGUGGAACAACUCAUGUUUUAAGGCUAUCUUGGAGCCCAGAUGGACAGUAUUUGGUAUCAGCUCAUGCAAUGAAUGGUGGAGGCCCUACAGCACAAAUAAUUGAAAGAGACGGAUGGACACAAGAUAAAGAUUUUGUUGGUCAUCGUAAAGCUGUUACAUGUGUGAGGUUUAAUGGUAAUAUUCUACAAAAAAAGCAACCUGGUUCUUCUAAACCACAACAAUAUUGCUGUGUUGCUAUAGGAUCACGUGAUCGUUCGCUAUCCGUAUGGUUGACAUCUCUAAAAAGACCAUUGGUAGUAAUACAUGAAUUGUUCACACACUCAGUAUUGGAUGCUAGUUGGUCACCGUGUGGUCUUCUAACAAGUAAUUUAUUUCUUCAUGAGCGUUUGUAUGGUAAACCAUUAGUUCAAGGUGGUUGCACUGUAAUGGAAGCACCUGAACUUCUUAAUCUAAAAAUGUCGGCAACGUCAACCCAACCAAUUCAAACACCACCAAAUAUUAAUUUAGUACAUCCACCCACUACUACUACAACUACUCCUGCUAAAGGUCCAAUUAAUAAACAAAUUGAAACGAGAACAUCAGAUGGCAAAAGACGAAUCACACCAAUGUUUAUACCACCACCAUCUGACAUAAUGGAUUCAUCAAGUAAUAGACUGGGAACACCAACAUUUACAAGCCAAGUAAAAAGUUCUAUUGUUAUUGAAAAACGAAAUGAUGUCGUAACGCCAAACGUGACCUCUUCUAUAAAUGCUAUCAACAUAAAUAGUCAAACCUCUACACUUACAUUAAAACGUCGUGAUCAAGCUACACCAAAACCAUACAAUGCACCAUUUAAUAAAAAACCAAAAAUUACAUCUGAAAGAAGUACAAAUCAAAUUAUACUUCCUCCAUUAAAACCAUCCAGUUCAUUAUCUCAACAAGCUGGUCACUAUGCGGUAACUGUCACUAACAACCAAGGUUUAACACAUUUACAAGUAUUUAAAGGCACAGAUUCUGAACCAACUUGGGAUCUGUAUUUGGGAUAUAGUGCUGUAGCACUAGCUGCAUCACCAGCAGUUAUAGCACUUGGAUUAGAAGAUGGUAGUCUUCAUACAUUUCAUCCUGCAAAGGGAUGUCGUCCAGCACCGCCUUUAGCUCCACCUGCCCCACUCGCAAAAGUCCAUGCAGUUGGAAAUGCAGUAAUGGUUAUUUCAAGUUGUGGCGCUGUACGUGUGUGGGAAAUAGGAUAUUCGUGUAGACUAAUAGUUUCUACAUCUGCUGCACAUUUAGCAGUACCUGGUACCUCUUUAUUGUCUUGUACUUUAUAUAACGGAAUGCCACAUUUAGCUUUCACUAAUGCUAGAGCAUACGUAUAUCAUAAAGAAAUGGGAACAUGGUUACUAAUUGGUGAUAGUCAAGAUCCUAUAUGGCGUUGGGCUUCAUUUAAUGCAUCAAGUGCAUCUGGAAAUAGAGCUCCCAGAGGUCCACUGUCUUCUUUGCAGGAAGGUCUAUUCAGAACAGCAGGAAAUACUUUACCUAAUCCAAGAUUACCUCAUAGUGCUCCAAGCGUAGUAUCUUAUUUAGAGCAACAGUUACUUGCUUCAAAAGCUCUUGGAAGCACACAAGAAUAUAUACAUUGGCUUAUGGCUCUAGUGUCAUUUUUAUUAACUCAAGAUGGAUUAGAGAAACGUCUAAGGUUAAUCUUAGAUGAACUUUUGGGUCCAAGCCAUACAUCAGCUUCUAAGAGUAUAUGGGAUCCUUUAAUUUUGGGAAUAAAAAAACAUAAACUUUUAGAAGAUGUAUUAUCUGUUGUUGGAGGACAUCUUCGUUGGCAAAGGUUGUAUCUUGAGUAUAUAGAACAAUUAACAGCAUUAAAAAACCAAAUUAAUUAAAAGUAAUUAUU